UGAGACCCGGAAGUGUUUAGUUGUAGCCAAAAUGGAGGUGAGCGUGAGCCAGUCGGCCGAAGAAGCUGAUGCGGGUUAAGGAGAGUAACGGGACCGUUAAACACCGCGCGACGGGACACAGCGACAGCCAGGCUACCGGACAGUCUGCAGAGGAACGAGCCGCAGUCCGGGACUCAGGUAGAUGCUGUGGUCAUGGCGGAGUGGCGGGGGGAGUGCACGUGGAAGAGACACGUCUCAGAACAGCUGAAGCUCAGAGACCGAGUGCAGAGACAAUCCUUUGAAGAACUCAUCCACCAGUAUAACCGUCUGCUGGAGAGGUCGGACCUGCAGGCCGUUCUGUCAGAGAGGUACCAGGCCGACAAGUAUGAGGUGCAGAGAGGACACGAGACCAGCUCGGGGGCGGAGUCAAGUCGCAGUGACGCCCUGCAGCAGGAGAUGGCUCAGAUGAGAAUCAGACACCAGGAGGAGCUGACUGAGCUGCACAAGAAACGAGGAGAGCUCGCCCAGAGUGUGAUUGAACUGAACAACCAGAUUCAACAGAAAGACAAAGAGAUCCAGAGCAACGAGGCCAAGAUGUUGGAGUACCAGCAGCAGAUCAGCGGUCUUCAGGGUGACUGUCGGGAGCUCAGGAGCAGCCUGCAGGACCUGGAGAGAGCCAAUCAGACGCUGAAGGAUGAGUAUGACGCUCUGCAGAUCACCUUCUCAGCCCUAGAGGAGAAACUUAGAAAAACCACAGAGGACAACCAGGAGCUAGUGUCUCGCUGGAUGGCUGAGAAGGCACAGGAGGCCAACAAGCUGAACGCAGAGAACGAGAAGGACACCAGGCGCAGACAGGCGAAGCUGCAGAAGGAGUUGGCGGAUGCCGCCAAAGAGCCGCUGCCCGUGGACCCUGACGAUGACAUCGAGGUUUUGGCUGAGGAUGGAGGGAAGGGGGGUGGAGAGACUUCACCUAACAGAGCAGUCAGCAGGACCCCCAGUAAGAUGAGCUCUCAGCCUCCUCCUGGUGGUCUGCGCAUCUCCAUCUCCAACAUAUUUGGACGUCGCCCUGCCGGCUCGUUCAGCUCAUCACCUGAGAACACUGAGGCUCCUUCAGGUGUGUGUGCCGACGUCCGGGUCCCUUCCACUGCCCUGCACGUGUUUGAUGCCCAUGACGGUGAAGUUAAUGCUGUAAGGUUCAGUCCAGGCUCCCGUCUCCUAGCAACAGGAGGGAUGGACCGCAGAGUGAAACUGUGGGAGGUGGUGGCAGGGCGUUGUGAGCCUAAAGGUGCUCUGACGGGCAGUAACGCAGGUAUCACCAGCAUCGACUUUGACAGCGCUGGGUCAUACCUGCUGGCGGCCUCUAACGACUUUGCGAGUCGGAUCUGGACCGUUGACGACUACAGACUGAGGCACACACUGACAGGUCACAGUGGGAAGGUGUUGGCAGCUCGUUUCCUAUUGGACAACGCUCGGAUCGUCUCUGGAAGCUACGACCGAACGCUCAAACUCUGGGACCUGCGCAGCAAAGUCUGUAUGAAGACGGUGUUUGCGGGCUCCAGCUGUAAUGACAUUGUGUGUACAGAGCAGUGUGUGAUGAGCGCCCACUUUGAUAAGAAGGUUCGAUUCUGGGACAUCAGAUCGGAGAGUAUAGUCCGGGAGCUCGAGCUACAGGGCAGAGUCACAUCUUUAGACCUAAACCACGACCGGAGUGAGCUGCUGACCUGCUCCAGAGACGACCUGCUGAAGAUCAUAGACCUGCGCACCAACGCCGUCAGACAGACGUUCAGUGCUCAGGGUUUCAAGUGUGGAGCAGACUGGACCAGAGUGACCUACAGUCCUGACGGGGCCUACGUGGUCGGAGGAUCAGCUGAUGGCGCUCUGUAUGUCUGGAAUGUUCUGACGGGGAAAGUGGAGCGGACUCUGGACCGAAACCACAACUCAGCCAUCAACGCGGUGUCCUGGUCUCCGUCCGGGUCGUUCGUGGUCAGCGUGGAGAAAGGAAGCAAGGCCAUCCUGUGGUCUGACAUGUGAUUGGCUGAUGGAGCUGAGGGGCGGAGUCACAGCAGGACGUGUGGGUGUGGGAGAUAUAAAUGAGUCGAUCAGCUGAUCAGUCAGACUGACUUUGUCUUCGUCACGUUUGGAGGAGGACUUGUCUCCGCCAUCGUGGGACCGGCGCGUCUAUCUCAGCGGCCAUCUUGGAUUAUGGAGGACUUUAAAGAAGCUUAAAGAAGGAGACGAACGUGACAAACAUUUUAUAAAUAUAUAUGAUCUUAUGAUUGUUUAUGUGACAGGUGAUAAACAGAGCGGUUACCAUGGCAACAGAUGGACAAACGCUCUGAAGGACCGCCUCCUCCUCUCCUCACAUCCUCAUCUCCUCACCUUGUCGGAGAGGAGGUAAGGAGGAGAGGAGAUGGAGAUGACUCGUGUGUUUGUGAGCUGAUAAAAAAUAAAACACAUCUGUGCUCUU